AUGAAUGAUGCACAUGUGGUCUGCAGAGAGCUGGGAUGUGGACCAGCUCUGUCAGCACCAGGAAAUGCUCGCUUUGGUCAAGGCUCAGGCAACAUCCUCCUGGACAAUGUGCAGUGCACAGGAAAUGAAUCUUCCCUGCUUCACUGUUCUCACAGAGGUUGGGGAACACAUGACUGUGGUCAUCAGGAAGAUGCCAGUGUCAUCUGCUCAGAACAUCCCUUGCGAUUAGUUAAUGGAAGAAACAGGUGUGAAGGUCGCCUUGAAGUAUAUCAUAAUGGCAACUGGGGAACAGUCUGCGAUGAUAUUUGGACCCUGAAUCAUGCACACGUUGUCUGCAGAGAGCUUGGAUGUGGACCAGCUCUGUCAGCACCAGGAAAUGCUCGCUUUGGUCAAGGCUCAGGCAACAUCCUCCUGGACAAUGUGCAGUGCACAGGAAAUGAAUCUUCCCUGCUACAUUGUUCUCACAGAGGUUGGGGAACACAUGACUGUGGUCAUCAUGAAGAUGCCAGUGUCAUCUGCUCAGGUUUUUUAUAUAUAUUUGACAAAGAAACGCCCUUGCGAUUGGUUAAUGGAAGUACCAAGUGUGAAGGUCGUCUUGAAGUAUAUCACAAUAGAACCUGGGGGACUGUCUGUGAUGAUCUUUGGAGCCUGGAUGAUGCACAUGUCGUCUGCAGAGAGCUUGGAUGUGGACCAGCUCUGUCAGCACCAGGAAAUGCUCACUUUGGUCAAGGCUCAGGCAACAUCCUCCUGGACAAUGUGCAGUGCAAAGGAAAUGAAACUUCUCUGCUUCACUGUUCUCACAGAGGUUGGGGAACACAUGACUGUAACCAUCGUGAAGAUGCCAGUGUCAUUUGCUCAGCUGCCUUGAGAUUAGUUAAUGGAGUCAACAGAUGUGAAGGUCGCCUUGAGGUAUAUCGUAAUGGCAGCUGGGGAACAGUCUGUGAUGAUCUUUGGAGCAUGAAUGAUGCACAUGUUGUCUGCAGAGAGCUUGGAUGUGGACCAGCUCAGUCAGCACCAGGAAGUGCCCAUUUUGGUGCAGGUUCAGGCAACAUCCUCCUGGACGAUGUACAGUGCACAGGAAGCGAAUCUUCCCUACUUCAGUGUUCUCACAGAGGUUGGGGAACGCAUAACUGUGGUCAUGCUGAAGAUGCCAGUGUCAUUUGCUCAGAACAUUCCUUGCGAUUAGUUAAUGGAAGAAACAGGUGUGAAGGUCGUCUUGAAGUUUAUCAUAAUGGCAACUGGGGGACUGUCUGUGAUGAUCUUUGGACCAUGAAUGAUGCACAUGUGGUCUGCAGAGAGCUUGGAUGUGAACCAGCUCAGUCAGCACCAGGAGGUGCUCAUUUUGGUCCAGGCUCGGGCAACAUCCUCCUGGACAAUGUGGAGUGCACAGGAAGCGAAUCUUCCCUGCUUCAAUGUUCUCACAGAGGUUGGGGAACACAUGACUGUGGUCAUCAGGAAGAUGCCAGUGUCAUCUGCUCAGGACGGACUUCAUAAUUCCCAUUUGAAAAUUAAGAUGUGAGCACACUGGUACUUUUGAUACACCUAUUGCCUCUGGUUGAUCUUGCAGACCACCACUUCAGAAUGCCAAAAUUAAUUGAUUCAUGGGCUAUUUUAAUCAGGUUUCUAUCAGCUCUGAGCAUACU